ACUUCCCUACAAAUACAUACCCAUCAUCCAUCCAUCCAUCCAUCCACACAUACAUGCAUGCAUUCCAAAGUCAACUGCUAGGCUCUCACUCUCUCUCUCUCUCUUUCUACUACAUUUUUCUCUCUCUUCUACCAUUUAUCUGAGUGGAGUACAGACCUUGAGUGAGUUGGGUGAUCAAGUGUGUGUUUUUAGACUGAAAUGGGAAGAGCACCUUGCUGUGAGAAAGUGGGGUUGAAAAGGGGGAGAUGGACUGCAGAAGAAGAUGAGAUCUUGACCAAGUACAUUCUAGCUAAUGGGGAAGGUUCUUGGAGGUCUAUGCCGAAGAAUGCUGGGUUACUUAGGUGUGGGAAAAGCUGCAGACUGAGAUGGAUUAACUACUUGAGAUCUGACUUGAAGAGAGGCAACAUAUCUUCUGAAGAAGAAGAAAUCAUCACUAAAUUGCACUCUACUUUGGGCAAUAGGUGGUCUUUGAUAGCGGGUCACUUGCCAGGAAGAACAGACAACGAGAUUAAAAAUUACUGGAACUCUCACUUGAGCAGAAAAAUCCAGAGUUUCCGGAGGCCUUGCAAGAACGAAGCACCACCUCCAAUGGCGGUGGACUUGGCCAAGUCCACUGUCGCAACCAAGCGACGCGGUGGUCGGACGAGCCGCUCCGCCAUGAAAAAGAACAAAACCCAGAAUCCGACAAAGGGUCCGAACCCAAAGCCAGUGAAAAAAACAGAACCAAAUGCAUCAGUGCCAAUGCCACAAACCCCAACUUUGCAGACAGAGUCUCUGUCUAGUGCAAUUUCAUGGCAAGAAGAGAGUGUUGUUAAAAUCAAUUUAGAUUUGGAAGGGAAUAAAGAAGGAGUGAUUGUAGGCAGUCCUCAUCACGACGAUCAUGCAGGACUGGCCCUGUGCGGCGGUGAGGAGAGAAAAAGAAAGAGUGAAUACAAUGAAGGGUUAGAUGAGAGUGGGAUGUUGUGCUUCGAUGACAUUAUGAGCGAUGAGCUAGUGGAUCCCAAAGGGGUUACGAUUUUAGGUGAGGAGAGAGAGAAUGAUACGGCGGUGUUCAUUAACGAGGAGAGAGAAAGUGAUGCGGCGGCGGUGGUCAUUAGUGAGGAGAGAGAGAGAGGAGGGGGUGCCAUGAAUAUGAGUUCAAAUGGAGAGAGUUCUUCAACAAAUUCAUACAUAGAUGAUUGGGAUUGGGUUUGGGAUUGGGAUGCUGUGGUUCAAGGGAAUGAGAUAUGGGGUGAUGAAGAAGAGAAUAUGAAGUUCAGUUGGUUGUGGGAGAGUGAUAAUGGAAAAGGAGACUCUAUUGUUAAUAAUAAGUUGGGAGAGAUUAAUUGUGAGAAGCAAGAAGCUGUGGUUGCUUGGCUUCUCUCUUGACUUUCCACUCUCUUCCUCUGUUAUUUUCCUUGUAUUUUAGCAGUUAAUGAAAAUUCGUUUAGAAAUUGUUUACAGUUUUGUUGGUUGCAUCAUUUGUCAUCUCCCCAUUGUAAAACAAAUAUAAUUCUAAAACUCCAUCAAACAUCAUUUAAGGUGCUCUCUCUUCAAA